CUAGCAAUGACGCUCUUGUGCGUACCUCACGCUCGAGGCGGUAGCCUGUCGAUAAAACCCUUCCAUCUUGAGCAAAUUAUACAAUCUUCGUUUCUCCUCGUUAUUAUAUUGUGCUCAUUACCUUCACUUCAGAUAAGUUUCAUUACACAAUACAUACCGACAGUAAUACACCGUUCUACUUCAAUCCCACCACCCGAACAAAACAACUCACUAUGCCAGCCGUACACAUUAACACGGCCAAUGUUGCCCGCGAGAUAGCGGGCCUUGUUACCAGGGCCACUUCAUCCAGCUUUGGUAGUGCCUCCAAAUCGGCUCACAAGACGGCGCGAGUCAUCGGUGGAGGCAUCAUCGCAGCGAUUGUCAUCGGCGCAGUCAUCUUCAUUGCCUUAAUGCUUGUUUGCGCCUUCCUGGUCUUCCGUCGCAACAAGAAACAGAGUGCAAGACGCCAGCAGGAAAUGGAAAAGUACUACGGCAACAACCGAUCACGUAGCGGCACCGAUGUACCAGCUGGCCCAGCUCCGGGCCAAGAAGGCUUCGGAAACCCCAAUAAAGGCUAUGGCUAUGGCCAAGGCACCGGCUACGGCUACGCGCACACUGCCCAGCCUGGUCAGGCUGGCUAUGGUGCGCAAAACACUGGAGGUGUAUCUCCUAUGGCACCUGCGCACACUGCGGACCAUGUUACCUACACAAAGUAAUUGGGUGAUGGCUUGCGACUUAUUCUUCGGUUUGGAGACACAAGUAUUGAUGGGAAAGUGGGAGUUAUGUUUUCAACCAGCGUGCCCAGCGUGGGUUCAUAUGUUAUGCCGAUAACUGUAUGCGAAAGUGCGAUACCUUGGGUUAAUAUCAUGAUAACAAUUGAAGCUUUCAUUAUGAUGAU